AUGUCCGCCAUCUCUGAAAAGCCAGCGGGGCCCUCAGCCUUCACCCCCUACCUCGACACCGUCGCCAACAUCUUCCACCCCGUCGCCGGCCCCGUCUUCAACACUUAUGCCAGCUUCCACGGCUGGAAGGAGAACAUGGGUUUGGUCCAGCCCGGUACUGUCGAGAACUUGACCAGGGAUGUGUCAAGUGUCCACUUGGCCAACUGGAUGUUUGACGGUGCCAGAGCCGAUAUCGCCAAGGUCAUAUCUGGCAACCCUGCCUUCCAGCUCACCCACUCCUUCUCCCUCGGAUCGUCUUCUAGACCCGCUGCUUACAACUUUGGUGUCAUCUUUGCCAACGCCAAGAGCUUCUUGCAAGGUGGUAUGGACGGCAGCGGUACUUUGACCAUGCGAGCGAACCAGACUUGGUCUGCUCGAGACCUUACCAAGGUCCAGGCUCAGGUCACCGACAAGCCCGGCCACACCAUGGUCCAGCUCGAGCACGACCACCUCGGUGACCACUUUACCUUCUCCUGGAAAUCCAUCAACCCCUCUCCUCUCGACUUCACCGGCAUCCACAUGGCCUCCCUCCUCCACUCUGUGACCCCCCGUCUUUCUCUCGGUUUCGAGACUGUCAUCCAACACCCCGAACCCGGCAUGGUGGCCCUCGCCAACUCUUACGUCGCCAAGCUCACUUCCCUCCCCAACCCCGUCGCCGCCCUUACCCCCACUACCCCCGGCGUCCCUUCGCCUUUCGUCCCCAGCUGGGUCGCGACCGGUCAGCUCCAGCCCGACGGCAACGUCCAGGCUACAUACUACCAGAAACUCACCGACAAGGUCGACGUUGCCCUUGAUUUCCAGACUGCUAUCCGAGGCGCGAGCAUGAUGGGUCCCGCGCAGAGGGCUGCUGUGACGACUUUGGGUGCCAAGUACGACUUUAGGAUGGCUACUUUCAGGGGACAGAUCGACAGCGGGGGCAAGAUCGGCAUGUAUCUGGAGCAGAGGUUUACUCCUGCUUUCGCCUUCCUCGUCGCUGGUGAGAUUGACCACGCCAAGAACGCUUCCAAGUUCGGUGUCGGAAUCAUGAUCGAGUCUUCUACCAUGACCCAGGAGGAGAUGAUUGCUGCUGGCAUGUUGACUCCUGUGUAA